CAUAUUGGAUAUUUGUCAUGUAUCACCAAGAAUGAUAAUGCUUAAAAAUCAAUGGAUAAAUGCAAGCAUGUAGGGCGGCUUCGGCUUGCUCAGGAUCAUUCAAUUUUAAACCCCCAAAAAUGGCAUUGUGUGGACUGCAAUACUACAGAGUCGAUGUGGGCAUGUCUCAGCUGUUCACACGUUGCCUGUGGACGUUACAAUGAAGAACAUGCACUAAAACAUUUUCAGGAAAGCAAGCACCCAGUAGCCUUGGAAGUCAACGAAUUUUAUGUAUUUUGUUAUGUCUGUGAUGACUAUGUGCUGAAUGACAAUGCCACAGGCGAUCUCAAAUUGUUGCGGAGCACGUUAAGUGCAAUCAAGAGCCAGAACUAUGAUUGUACAACUCGAAGUGGUAGGACUUUACGGUCAAUGGCAGGAAGUGAUGAUUCUUACCUUUCUAGGGGCUGUGCACAAGCGCAGCUGCGAAAUGAGGACAGGAUGUUCACUGCACUUUGGCAUCGACGUAAACUGCUCUUGUCUAAGGUGUUUCAGUCUUGGUUCGCUCUGACAAGCAGUGGCAAGCUGAGGCUUGAAGAAGAACGGUUAAGGGAAGAGGCCGAACUGAAAAGGGAAGAAGCCAGAAAAAGACGACAAGAGCUAAAGCAGAGGAUACAUGCUGAGUUGCUGAGUGCACCACCACGUAAGAGUUCCCGUUUAAAUGAACUCUCUCAAGUUAGUGACACAUCAGCUGUACAAUCACCGGCAAAAUAUAGAGGAGUGACAACUGGCCUUACCUCAAGCACAGUGAGAUUGAAAAAAAUUGGUGAUUCUCCUAUUAAACGGAGACCAACUGUCACACCUGGUGUGACAGGACUGAGAAACUUAGGAAAUACCUGCUAUAUGAACUCCAUUCUGCAAGUGCUAAGUCAUCUGCAAAUAUUUUGCGAGUGUUUCUUACACUUUGAUUUGAGUCAAACUCAGGAGCUGCUGGCCAGUACAGCAAAUGGGAAAACUAGACCCUCAAGCCAGCAAUGUUUGGUUAGUGACAUUAAUUCAAGCACAUCUUUGAUAGAUGAGGAAAAAAUCUUGAGACGACCCAGUCUUUCUGAAGGAUUGAGUGGGGGAGCAUCGAGUAGCAGAAAUAGGGAGCUAAUUCAGUUGAAGGAGCCAAGUUCAAAGCACAUCUCUCUGUGUCAUGAGCUCCACACCCUUUUUCUCGUAAUGUGGUCUGGCAAGUGGGCUUUAGUAUCUCCCUUUGCUAUGCUACACUGUGUAUGGCGAUUGAUCCCAACAUUUCGUGGAUAUGCUCAGCAGGAUGCUCAAGAAUUCCUCUGUGAGUUAUUGGAUAAAGUCCAGCAUGAGUUGGAAGCUACAAAAACAAUGUGUACAUCCCCAAUCCCCAUAUCGCAGCGACAGCUAAUCAAGAGAGUUCUUACAGUGGUCAACACCAUUUUCCACGGACAGCUACUCAGUCAGGUUACAUGCCUUGCUUGUGACAACAAAUCCAACACGAUUGAAUCGUUCUGGGACCUAUCUCUAGAGUUUCCUGAGAGGUACCACUGCAAUGGAAAAGAAGCUGCUUCUCAGUAUCCUUGUUCAUUGACAGAAAUGUUGGCAAAAUUCACAGAGACAGAAGCCUUGGAAGGAAAAAUUUACGCCUGUAACCAAUGCAACAGAAACCGCAGGAAGUCAUCUUCAAAACCAUUGGUCUUGACUGAAGCUCAGAAACAGCUAAUGGUCCAUAAACUACCUCAGGUUAUGCGACUGCACCUCAAACGCUUCCGGUGGUCUGGUCGCAAUCACCGUGAGAAGAUAGGAGUACACGUGAGUUUUGACCAGAUACUAAAUAUGGAGCCAUACUGCUGCAGAGAGUUGGCAGGAGAUUUUGGGUCCAACAGCUUCAUAUAUGACCUGGCAGCUGUGGUCAUGCAUCACGGAAAGGGUUUUGGUUCUGGACAUUAUACAGCAUACUGCUACAAUACAGAUGGAGGUUUGUGGGUCCAUUGUAACGAUUCUACAGUAACAAUCUGCACUGUGGAUGAAGUCUGUAAAGCGCAGGCCUACAUCCUCUUCUAUACUCACCGUCUGCCUCACAACAUUAAAGUACCAUCACCACCUGCCUCGCUGGGAAAUGAUUCACCACCAGCCUCAUCCUGAUUGCAGCUUGAAGUGCCAUUACUUUCUUAGCAGAGCCCAAGCCUGGGGCCAGCAUUGUGCGAAAGACUUUCAACCAUUUUGAGGAUUCUGUGGAAGGGUGCAUUAGAGACAUUUACACAGAUGGAGCUGUAACUUUCCUUUUGAACGUGUACAGUAUAGUCAUAGUUUUGUAGUGUAUUUUUUAUCUUGCCUGAGAAUUACUUGAGAGUAAUUUGAUUAAAAAUGCUUCUAUUCUCUUACGUACAGUAUUGUUCUAGUAAUAGCCACAUGGCAGAGAGUUUCUAUUUUUCAUACAUUUGAUAGAGUGGAAUUCAGAAGAUGAGCUCACUGUAAUGUUAACAGCUCACUCCAGUUGACAGACAAUAUGCUUUUUGGCAAUGUAUUAAUGAGACUAAGUUACCUGUUCCUCAUUCUUCCAACACUGAAUUAUAUUUCUGUUAUGCUUACAGAUUCAUUGGCUUGACUUUACAGCGAUUAUGUGCAGUGUUGGUUUAUUAAAAUUCUACUUUCCCUUUCUUUCUGCUAUGUUAGGGUGGCCCUUUGUUGUACCAAACAUGGUCUGGUUAAGCACAUCCAGUGGAAUCUGAGGAAUGCCCCCUCUCCAAAACUUUAAAAUGAAAAAGUAAUCUUAAAUGUUGUAUGAUUGCUGUCCUGUCUCCCUAAGUGGUAGCCUUUGUGAACUGCUAUCCACAUUCUGUAUUCUUCCACUUUAUCUUUUGAUCAAUUGCUAAUAUCUGAGAAAAUUAACUUUAUACAGAACCUAAUUAAUUACAGAAAACGUUUUGUUAACUGGCACCUAUGGGACCCAAGACUGUGCCAGAUAAAUACUUCAGAUAAUGAAGAAGUCCACAUAAUCAAUGUAAAAACACUAAGAAACAUAACUCAGGAGGUAUACGCAUCAGUGUUGUAUUUUAUUUGCAGCAUAAACCACUUAAAUAAUAAUGCAACUUUGCCUUAAAUAAAAUUUACCACCAGAGAACCUUCUGAAUCCUCAGCCUCAACUAACUACUUUGACAUUGUGGUAGGUUGCAAUAUUUGGAGGGAAAUUGACUCAGGAUUGAAUCGGCUGUUGAUGUUUUGUGUGGCCAUUUGGCUGAACAGCAAGUAUAUUUACAUUGAUGAAAAUAAGUUUAAACAAAAAAAAAUUGAGCAGAAUAACAGAGUUAACUUCAGUAAAAUACAGUAAACUGCCGGUAUCACAAUGUUUGCCACUUUAUCGAGAGCGCUGGGCCAGUUAAAACAAAGUUUGCUGUACUGUGUUUGAUCAGUGACAGUUUGGAAGUACUGACAUCUGUAUCCCAGAACAUGGAAAUGCCAGAAACAAUUUCCGUAAGAAAGAACGGGUCGUGAUUUGUUUUUAGGACUGACUAUUGAAGACCAUGACCAAGAAGACUGUGCCUUUAUGCUUGUGACUUUGGAGCUCUGAUGUUUUACUUGUGCAAGGGUCUUGUGUAGCUCCAGGUUAAUUUUAUUCCUGGGGUGAAGGAGUAUGUCUGAUGUGGAUAGGUUGAGCAGGUUGGGCCUGUACUCUUUGGAGUUUAGAACAAUGACAGAUGAUCUUUCUGAAACAUGAGAUUCUGAGACAGGAUGGGCUCACUGUUUCCCUUAAAGAUGAAACUGGCCCACCAGUUCCAAAACAUAGGGUCUCCCAGCCAAUUUUGUGGGAGAGGAGGCUUUCUUCUGAGAGUCGUUGAUAUUUAAUUUCACAGCAAUGGAGGCUGUAUCUUUGAAUAUUUUCAAAGCUGUUUUAGGUUAUUUAAUUGACAAAAGGAAUCUAGGACUAUGAAGGGCAGAUUGAAGAAUAGAGCGGAGGCCACAAUCAGAAUAGCUAUGAUCUUAUUGAAUGUCACAGUGGGCUUGAGGGCCAAAUGGCCUUGGUUUGUUUUUCAUUGUGAUUUCUCAGAUCACUGUCUCUCACUGCUGCCUGAGACUCCUGUGCUCCUUACAUGUUCCAGGCUUCUUGUGACAUGUCAUGGUUUAGUGCUGCCACCUGGUAUUUGAAAUUGGAAUUGAAGUCUGCUGUCAGUGCUGAUCAUUUCAUAUAUACAUCACGAGUAUUCAUGGCUUAGGCCUGAAUUCAUCAAGCACACAUACCAGACACAGCAGUGUGGCUCCUAUAGAUGGUGAAUACUGUUGAGAUUGACCAGCUAUUAUGCAUGACUCUUGAUUUGUCUGAUCUUAUUGUACCCCAGCAGCUCAACGCUGUGUCCUGAGAAAUGUUGAGGACAACAUGCUGUAGUAAUACUUUGGUUAUUUGUAUUUGAUGCCGUUUCGAGAGAGAGUUGAACUGAAGUUACUAAAACUUCAAAAUUUGGUACUAUUAAUGACUACAUGUGGAAAUAUCCUGGAAGCUACACAACUGAAACAAGCCCGUCAGUCAUUCGGUGUUUAACCUGCAGACGAACAAAUAAGUCUAACCAUAUUCCUAGCUAAUCUUGAAUUGUUACAAUAUUAGCUUCAACUAGUAAUCUGGAAGAGAAUUCCACAGCCUUCCACCUCCAUGUAAGGAAAAAGAAAGUUGCUCCUGCCCUUUAGAUUUAGAUUGCAAGAUUUAGAUAAUUUUGUAUCUUGUGUUCUGUCAUAGCUGCCUUAACUACUGGAAGUAGUCACCUAUUUAUCCUGUCCGUUCACAUAAUUUUAAAACACUUCUGUUUGUAUUCUAGAGAGCACAGGCUGUGUCUUUUUUAUUAAUAGAUUUGAAUUCAUUUCCCAAAUGCAACACACUGUGCUUUAACAUGUAUUUAUCCUGCCCACAUGUAUAUGGUUAUUUGCCACUUAAAUAUUUGUUGCAGUAUGUUUGAACAAUGCUGAUUUAUAUUGCCCAAGUAUGGCAAAACUAGACCUUUAAACUGUUUCUGACCACUAUUUCCCUACAUCCAGAGGCUUGUGCUCAUGAAUAGGGGGUGAAAUUGUUGAUCAGGGUUAAAACAUUUUGAGAAAUAUGUGAAAUGUGUAUCAUGCAGUGUAAAAGCAUCAAUACCUACAUGUAGCUUUCUCUGCUGCACCUUGAACCUUUUCCUCCUGAUUGUGUGUCAGCAGUAACAGAACCCUUGAAGUUUGCAGAUAUUUAGUCCAUAUCCGUGCCAACCGUCUACAGUAGGAAUCCUGAAAUUACCUGUCUCUGCAUGCCUCUGUUUUCCUUUUCUCUAUUGUGACCAUCUUGAACCAUGUUUGUUUUGUUUUAAAUACCGUUCUAACCUGCACCUUGGAACAAUAUAUCUCCUAAACAUUGUAAUGGAAUUCAAUGAAAGUUGAGUGGAAAGUCUAAACUUGAAUGUAAUGUACUGGAGACACUGACUCUCUUUAAUGUAGAAAUUAUAUUGCAUUUAUAUAACAUCUUUUAAAAGCAACAUCCCAGCAGUAGUGUGUUUGAGUAACCUGGUUGUGAAAACCAGGACACAUUUGAGGUACCCUGUGCCUUAAGAAGGCAUAGUGUGUAACUUUCUUUGGAAGUUUUACAAUGCUGACUGCAGAUUAAAAUGUUCCUUGCAUGGGUCUUUAUGGCCAAAUUGAUAGAUGCUGACCCAUGUUCUGGGUAAACGAGCAAUAAUGUAUUUGCUCAACAUGUAAAAUUACGCAAAGGUAGCUUUGUUCCCUUUUCUUAUGUACCUUUUUAAUGUGCAAAACCUCAGCAUAAGCCAAUCACAUGGUGCAGUGAGUCAAUUGAGAGAACUUUUAUAUUUUUGGAUUCUACUAUUUGUGCCACUUACAAAGACAACCUAACCAGCCUACCAUAAUUUGAACUAUUCAACAUCUUUUCAAAAACUUAGAUUGAUUUGUUAUUUUUGGUUUUAAGAACAAAGUAUUGGGAAAUUCUCAGCAGAUCAGGUAGCAUUUGUGGAAAGAAUUAGUUCAUAUUUCAGAUCUGUCAGCCAUGGACCUGAAUUGUCAACUCUUUCUCACCACAGACAGCCUGACCCUCUGAGUUGUUCCAGCUUUUUAGAUCUUGCAGAUGCUGGAAGUCUAAAAUCUAAAACUUUGUUAUUUUGGCAGUUUCCAAGUCUGUUGCAGUAUGUUUUUGUAUAUAAAAUACCUAAUGUAAAAGAUCAUGCGAUCUCUGAUUUUUAAAUUCGCUUUGGCAUUCAGAUACAGAAACCAGUCUUGGGGCAUUUAAUGUUGGUUUUGCUGUUGAUCUAGUUUUCACUUGUCAGUGGAUACGAACCAGACACCAUAAAAAUCUGCUUUAAAUCAUCAUUAUUUUUUCCAUGACUGUUAUUUUCCAGUCUCGUCCUGAACCCAGAUCCAAUUGUAAGCAUCCUGUCUCGUGGCUCUAAUAUUUUCCUCCUUUGCUGGUCCAUUUGGAAGUGAGCCUAAUGUGGCUGUGAAUCCACAUACUCCAGAUUAUCGACAAAUCAAGUAUUAGGUUAUAUUUUGAAAAGCUUUUGAUACUAAUUUCUUAGCUAGUUCUAACUCUUCUAAAGGUACAGCAACAAUAUUUAAUCAUUACAUAAUCCAUAAUGAGCCAUUUCAUUUUGUGCUGUUCCACAUAUUGCUUCUGUUGACUGUUAUACUAAAGGGUUGGUCUCCUACAUUUAUGAAAUCUUAUCAGCUUUUCCAACUGCAUGCUGUGCAGAGUCCCUGGAUUGCUCAUAAAUUGGAUCACUGGCAGUAUAAUAUUUUUCUCUCUCCCAUCAUUAGUUGCUGGUUGUAAAAUUUCUUUAAUUGUCUGUUCAAUAUUGUUUUCUAAAAUUCAGUUUGAACAAUAAUGCUUUUGAGGGCUAAAUAUUAUCUAUUUUCUUUACUUAAGGUUAUUACAUUCUGUUGACCAUGUCUCUGGGACUUUGUACAGUGAGAAUAUUCUAUUUUUUUUACUGGACUUCAAGCAAAAUACAGGGAAUAGGUUGUGAUCUUGGAGAUGACAGAACUUUUAAAAACCUGUAAAUAAGAAUAGUUUAUAGUUGUUCCCAAAAAUUAGGCCACCUGGAAAAUAAAGCAGAAAAUAGAAGGUUGUCUGUCUCAAAACAGGAUUUUUACAAUCAACUUUUAAAUUUGACCUUCUGUUUUUCAAAUAUGCAGAUAAUAUCCCAGUUGAAUUUCUUGCAUGUGCAUUAAUGAACAAGUUGAGCUAUGUGACAUAGCAUUUUAUAGAGUAGAAAAAUCUUCUUUCAAACCUGAUUGUUAAUUGACAAACUACUUGCUAGUUGUAAAUUGUUGGUUGUCAUAAAUUAAUUCUAUGCAAAAUUGUUACCUCAACUUCUAGAUAUUUUACCUCAAUAAAAUGACUCUUAAAAA